ACUCCCCUUAUCUCUCUGUAGCUGACAAUUGCCGCAGUCGUAGCGCGUGCAAGUAUUAGGGAACUGCUUCUAUUGCUUGUUACACGGCCCUUGUAACUUUGGGGUUUGUUGAGAUUGGCUUCUCCUGUGGUAGUGGGGAAUGAGAGGUGCCUUUAGUCUACUUGAGUCAUGCCAGAUACCUUGUACCAGAUUUCUUUCAACAACUUUCCGGUUCUCAAGAGGCUGCUACCCGAUGCAGAGACCAAUAAAGCACAACACCUUGUGCUUCUGUAGAAACGUUCAGACUUUCACCCGUGAGGUCGUCAAAGCAAGCUAUUUAUCAACUCCCCAAACUAAACCAUCUAAACACACGGAUCAACCAUCAGAAAAAGUGGAAAGCAUUGGUGCAUUUCAGAAGCUGCCAAUGGUGAUGCCAUCAGUUGAUAUUUUGCAAUCUGCAUUGAGGAAGGCAAAGAGGGUCUUGCCCACGAAAGGCAUUGCCAAUAUAGCAAAGAGAGAGAGAAAUAGAGGUGCAAAGCAACUUGAUGCACUGAUGAAAGAAUUGGCAAUUCCAUUGAGAGGGUACUUAGAAAAUUUCCCCAAAAGAAUCUAUUUGCAUCCUUAUGAACGAUCUCUUAUUGAGUUGACAUUUGGAGCUGGACAUUAUGAAGAGGUUUUGAAAAAGGUUGAUGCUCUUAGGAAGAAGGUGGUAUCUGUUGGAAAGGAACAUGCUUCUCUCUGUGCCCAGUCUUUAUCAAAGCGCGAAGCAGAGGAACGAUUGAAUGAGGGUUUGGAGAAACUUCAAGAAAUCUUCAAACGUGAAGGACAGGCUGUUGAUAACUUAUUGUAUAUUGCAAAGAUUUUGCGGGCCAUGCCAGUUGUGGAUCUAGAAAUGCCAACUUUGUGUCUUGUUGGGGCACCAAAUGUGGGGAAGUCAUCAUUGGUCCGUCUCCUCUCAACAGGAAAGCCUGAGGUGUGCAACUAUCCUUUUACUACAAGAGGAAUUCUGAUGGGUCAUAUUGCUAUAGACUACCAGCAUUUUCAGGUGACUGACACCCCAGGCUUGUUGAAGAGAUGUGAUGAAGACAGGAACAAUUUGGAAAUGUUAACACUUGCUGUGCUCUCACAUUUGCCAACAGCAAUUCUUUAUGUUCAUGAUUUAUCAGGAGAGUGUGGUAUGUCGCCGUCUGAUCAGUUCAUGGUAUACAAAGAGAUCAGUAAAAGGUUCGGCGAUCAUCUAUGGCUUGAUGUUAUCUCAAAAUGUGAUCUGUUGAAAGAAUCUCCUGUAGUCUUCAUCACAGAAGAUGGGGAAGCUGAUCAUCUUGAAUUGGCCAAGUAUCGUAAAAUAGGCCCUGAAGGUGCAAUCCGUGUAUCGGUAAAAAAUGAAGAGGGAGUCAAUGAGCUGACAAAGAAGGUGCACGAGCUGUUGAUGGCUCAGAUGGGGAGGAUCAGUAGUAAAAGUGUCCAAGAUAGCGUACAAGUUACUUAGGUAAAAGAGUUAUGGCGUCUCCACUACACCAGUGUGUUGAUGUUUUGUAAUCAAUUUUGAUUGCUAAUAAUAGUUGGUUAUAUUCUUAUUUGUUUGUGAAGAGAGCAAAUGCACUAGUUCUGUAAU